CGAUCCCGGAAGCGGUGUCAGUGCUGGGCAGCCGGCGGCGGGCGGCGCGGCUGGGACUUGUUGUUCUCCAAGUCGGAGCGUAGAGCCGGGAGCGCGCAGGCGGCGGCGGCCGCGGAGAGCGCGAGAGCAGGAGCGCGCGUGGACAGCGCGUGCCCGCGAGGAGCCGCCGCGCCCGGCCCCACGCGCGAUCGCGCUACAAUUUCCAGGUGGUUCCUUUCUGGUGACCGGGCCCGGGUUAUGACGACUAAUCCCAAGCCGAACAAGGCAUUGAAGGUCAAGAAGGAGGCGGGCGAGAACGCCCCUGUGCUCAGUGAUGAUGAGUUGGUGUCUAUGUCGGUGCGGGAGCUGAACCAGCACCUUCGGGGGCUCACCAAGGAGGAGGUGACGCGGCUGAAGCAGCGGCGACGCACACUCAAGAACCGUGGCUACGCGGCCAGCUGUCGCAUCAAGCGAGUGACUCAAAAAGAGGAGCUGGAGCGGCAGCGAGUGGAGCUGCAGCGGGAGGUGGAGAAACUGGCCCGGGAGAACAGCAGCAUGCGGCUGGAGCUGGACGCCCUGCGCUCCAAGUACGAGGCCCUGCAGACCUUCGCCCGCACCGUGGCCCGUGGGCCUGUCACGCCCACCAAGGUGGCCACCACCAGCGUCAUCACUAUCGUCAAGUCGGCUGAGCUCUCCUCCACCUCUGUACCCUUCUCAGCUGCGUCCUAGUGCCUGCCUGGGCCAGGCAGGGUGCUGGCAGAGGCACGGCCCACGCCUGUCUUAGGCUCCUUGGCACAGACUCCUUAUGUGCACCUGCCCAUCUCGGACCCUGCCAGGCUGAGGGUGGGGACAGCAGGGAUAGACUGAUGCAGCGUGAGAGGGAGGUUUUCCUGAGCAGGUGCUGCACACAGUCCCAUGCACACACGUGUACACACACACUGCCCCUUCCUGCAGGGGUGUGUUUUUAUGAGCCUUCUUCAAUGCCUGCCCAUCAAUAGCAUCCCUGCCAAGGUUCUCCAGCUGCCACGGUGGACACUGCACUGCCCUUUGCUGGGCUCUGGCUGGUGACAGGAACAAGUUCCAACCUUGUUCCUAGCAAAUGGCGCCACAAUCUGUGUUAUCCCUGAGAGCCAUGUCCUGGGAAGCAGUUCUAGGAAUGGCUACCUGCAGGGCCUGGCACAGCCCCCGAGGGCAAGGAGCCCUGGUCAGGUAGGUGGUCACAUGGGAAAGUCUGUCCAGUAUGUGCAGAGGGUUGCAUGGAGGUCGUGGAGUGUCUCUUGUUGUCUGUCAGCUGAGGCGGCUGCAUAGUGUGGUGUAGGGGCCACCUAGCCACAAAGCCAGCAAACAUCUGUACUCAGCAGAGGAGAGAGGCUGGAGGGGGCAAGUGACCUGAGAGAUGUUGGGGGAUGUAGAGGUAGCAAUUACGAUGUGUCUUCUUACUGGAGAAAGACAGGCAGUGAGGUGGGUGAGGAUCGAGUGGAGUCUUGGGGGCCUAGACCCCAGGAUGUGGAAAGGCCAUAGCAUCACAGUGUAGAGGGCCAGAGGGCACAUCUGGAGGGCCUUGUGGAUAUCCCCCCUGUGGGUAGGUCAGCGAGAUCCCAGGGCAGUCUGUAGGCACAGAGAGACCAUCUGUGCAACCUUGGUGCUCAAUUGUCACCUGCCUAUUCCUUCUUCCUGAAUGUUUGUACCACUGGUCACCUUGGGGACCCUUUCUGGGCCUUCUCUCCCAGAGCACGGCUAUAGCGCCCCUUCCUGUGACUAGAGUCCCAGCUGGGUGAGCAAGGGCUGGCUUUGGGAGCCCCAUCUGGGGCAGGUUGGUGGAAUAUGAGCCCUGUGCCCUGUCACCAGCUAGAAGCCAUGUGUAACUAUCAGGGCCAGCACAAGAGGGCUGCAGCAAGCCUCCAGGGAGAUGCCAGGUCUGCCUGCAGGAUUGGGAAGAGAGCAGAGGACAGGCAGCCCCAAGGGCUUCAGCUUAUUGUCCAGUCAGAAACUGGGGCCCUGCUGUGUGGUGGGCUGUCCCCCAAGAUCCUGGGGAGCAUGGUAGGUGGGAGGAGUGGGGAGGGGCAGGCUGAGCCACAGCCAGGCACUUAGAAAUUGCUGUCAAUACCUUUUGGUAGGUAAUCCAUAUUGGAUAUCAAUAAGGACCAUGGGGGAAUAUUUAAAGAGAGAGAAGAUAUAUAUAUAUAUAUAAAAAUUAUAUACACAUUUUAUCAUACAGAUUCUUCAUAACAGUUUUCUUUCCUGGUAGAUCUCUAUUAGUGCAGAGUGGGUUGCAUGGGGUGGGGGCUUGUCCAUCGCCCAUGCUCCCCGCCUCCCCCUGCUUCCAUGAAUCAGUUGCUUGCUUUGGACUGAAGCCCAGGGUGCCACCAAGUGGCCUGGACACGUUGGGUCACUAGUAGCAUGUGCGCUCCAAGAUGGGUUGCAGUAGCGGCCUCUUCCCAGCUCCUGGUAUCCCGUCUGUGGGAUGUGGUAAGCAGGUGACCACUGGCUGUGGGUUGCUGUGUACUUCUGGUGGGGGGCUCUGAACCUUGAGAUUGAGAGAGCUCUUCCCACCUGGAGCUCAUCCAGGGGCCCACCUGGAAGGAGGGGCUAAGGAAGGAUGUGAGUGUGCUCUGUUUUUCUUUAUAUCACUGAAAUUUCAUUUUCAUGAUUUAAUAUAUGGAUUUUUUUAUUUAAGAAAAUGAGUUUUCUGUCUCAUGCCUCUAUCUUCCCAAAGAAGGCAAGCUGUGUUCUUUCAGAGGGACAGGGAUGCGUACUGGCCACACGGGCCCAGCGUCCCUGGCCACCUGUACUUGGCAGUUUCAUCAGUUUCAUUUCAAUAUUUAUUUUUUUUUGUGCUACUUUUUCUCCCCCCAUGUCAUAAAUUAUUGAGACGAGAUCAUAUACCGUGGACCCAUCUGCACCCUGCCUUAUGGCCACUACCUAAUUUAUUGCUGUACAUGUUGCUGUGACUGCUUUUGUAUCUUUGCAAUAAAGAGUUUCCUGUUUGAGAUGUUA